GCAGCGAGCAGCUUGUAACGGUCCUCCUGUCCGCAGGUACACGAGCUGUGUGACAACUUCUGCCACCGCUACAUCAGCUGCCUGAAGGGCAAGAUGCCAAUAGACCUGGUGAUCGACGAGCGGGAGUCAACGCGCCCGCCCGACACCAACGGCGAGCCGCGCUCCGCCCCCGACAGCAGCCACGACGGAGCCUCCACCCCCGAUGUCAGACCGCCAUCGUCGUCCUUGUCAUACGGUGGAGCGGUGAACGAUGACGUUCGUUCUCCUGGCUCCGGUGGCACUCCUGGACCUCUCAGCCAGCCCCCGCCGCAGACACUCGACGCGACAGAUCCAGAUUUCAUGGCUACUAAGUAUUUAUACUUAAAACAUGGACACGGAAAGGGCAUUCUUAGACAACCUUGA